AUGCCUCAAAAGAUUCCAAGUGAACACGUAACUCCUCUUAAACAAUUUAUUUCAUUAUGUGAUGCACAACCUGAAUUACUUCAAGCACCUGAAUUGGAAUUCUUUCGACAAUGGCUUACCAAAUUAGGCGCAAAAAUUUCUAGUACAAAAACGCAUGCCAGUUCAAGUUCAGAAUCAACUAAGAUGGAUGUAGAUGAUGAAGAAUAUACGAAAUCAUCUAGUCAUCAUGCAGAACCACCAAAAGUUGAAAGCGAACCAGAAAGUGAUUUAGAUUUGGACAAAACCGGUGUGAUUAAAGGUGAUAAUGAUGCACCACAAUCGAUGGGUGAUCCUAAUGUUGAAGUAACAGAUGCUAUGUCAGAACAAGCUGAUACAAAACGUAGUGAAGCUCAGGCAAAACUUUCUGAAGGUGCUAUUGAAGAAGCUAUUACUUUAUUUACACAAGCUAUUGAAAAUAAUCCACAAUCAGCUAUUCUUUAUGCUAAACGCGCUCAAUGUUAUAUUAAACUUCAAAAACCAAAUGCAGCUAUACGUGAUUGUAAUCGUGCUUUAGAAAUCAAUGAAAAUUCUCAACAAGCACUUAAAUGGAGAGGAAAAGCUCACCGCAUGUUAGGUAAUUGGGAAGCAGCUUAUAAAGAUUUUUGUAAAGCUCAAUUAUCUGAUUUUGAUGAAGAUGUUCAAACAUGGUGUAAAGAAGUUGAAGCAAAUGCUAAAAAAGUUACUGAACAUAAACGUAAAUAUGAGCGACGUCGAGAAACAAAAGAUGCUGAUGCUAAACGAGAACGUAUUCGUAAAGCUCAAGAAGCCUGUGCCAAAGCACAACAAGAAGAAAAUGAACGACGAGCACGAGAACAACAAUCUCGUUCUGCAGGUGGUCAUCAAUUUUCAGAUUUUCCAGGUAUGGGUGGUGAAGCUGAUUUAGGAGGAUUAGGUGCUAUGAUGAAUGAUCCAGAAAUUAUGGAAGCAUUACAAGAUCCAGAUGUACAAAAAGCUUUUUCAGAAGUUAGUUCUGAUCCAUCAAAACUAGCUGCUCAUCAAAGUAAUCCAAAGGUACGCAAGGUUAUGGAAAAACUCGCUGGUAAAUUUGGUGGUGCUGGUGGACCUAUGGGAGGAGGUGGUUUUCCGGAUUUUCCAGGUGAUAUGGGAGGUGGUGCUGAUGCAUUUUCAUCUAAUGAUCUCGAUUAG